UUUUUUUUCUUUUUUUUUCUUCUUGCUCAUCAAUCAUAUAAGAUAAGAUCGCUUGUUUAACCAUGACCAUCAAUAAACGAAGCAUUGAUAUGAGGAGCGGAGAGGAAGAGGACGCGAGAGUCUCAGAAUUUGUGCGCUCGACAUGAUUACUUGAGCUCUUCUGGAGUAUGCAAAGCGCGGGUUCAUCGCUAGUCUGAUAAAUCAUAUGGACCCUGAUGGUUAUUUCUGGUUCACCCUCCUCGGCUUUAUCUUCUUGACGUAUAACUCGAUCACCGCCGUGUAUCAUUCCAACGGAGACCGCGGAAUGGCGGUCUUCGUUGUGGUCUCUUAUUUGGAUCUUCUGCUUCUCUUCUGGUGCUUGCGGCAGUUCGAAAGAGCUGCUCCGAACUCUCCUCAAAGGGAGCGGCUGAAGUCCGCGGUGUGGCUCCUCGCCACGCUGCUCACGGCCAUGUUCUCGAACAGAGUGGCGGGGUUGAUGCCGUGGCCGGUCGCGGUGCUAGUGUGGUUGAUGGCGGCCGCGACCAUCCUCGGGGGCUUCUAUGGUUUCUUCCUUUAUAGGGAUGACGACCCGAAGGCCGAGCUCGCGAACAACGACGGAUGAAUACGUACGUAGAGCAUGUAAGGGUAAAAUGCAUGGAUAUUUCAUGCUCUUCCAAUAUAGCUCUCUCUCUCUC